AGAGUCCAGUUUGGCUCAGCCCAGUGGGCCUCUCCCAAUGUGUGGCUUCUGUGGCACUUCCAUGACAGUCCCAAGCACCCUCAUCACAUUCAGAUCUGCUUGCUUCUAGGAUGUGGUGCUUUCUUUGGUUUUCCUGGCCCUUUCUUGGUUCAGCCUUGGUUUGCUUCUAUGGGAGUAACACCUAACAAUAAAUUCCCUGUUUCUAGGACUGAAGCUCUGAAUACACCGGAUCCAAGCAAAUUUUCUGCCUGUCUUUCCAUGAAGCCCCAUUGCUGCCUCUUCUCAUUGGUGGUGAGUGCCGUUGUGCCAGCCGCUUUGGUUUUGGAAGAUGCGGACUUUGAUCAGAUAGCACAACUGGGAGUCAAUCAAAGUUCUACCAAUGCGUCCUUCACCCCGAACUUUGCAGGAUCCCCCUCGGGGGAUGUUGUCAUAGCCAAGGAGGGAACCACUGUAUCAAUGGAAUGUCUUCUCACAGUCAGCCACUGGGAAGAUGUCCGCUGGUACAACUCCAAGGGACAGCGACUGGAUGACAGAGGCAGAGGUGGAAAGUGGUUGGUUUCCGAUAACUUGCUGAAUAUCACCAGUGUCGCAUUUGAGGACCGCGGGCUCUAUACUUGUUUCGUCACCUCUCCAGCUCGUGCUUCCUACUCUGUCACCCUGCGUGUGGUCUUCACCUCAGGGGACAUGAGUAUCUACUACAUGGUCGUCUGCCUUGUCGCCUUCACCAUCACGCUUAUCUUGAAUAUCACCCGCCUGUGCAUGAUGAGCAGCCAUCUUCGCAAGACCGAGAAGGCCAUCAAUGAGUUCUUCCGCACAGAAGGGGCUGAGAAGCUCCAGAAGGCCUUUGAGAUCGCCAAGCGCAUCCCUAUCAUCACCUCUGCCAAGACCCUGGAACUCGCCAAAGUCACGCAGUUUAAGACCAUGGAGUUCGCACGAUACAUAGAAGAACUAGCCCGCAGUGUCCCUCUGCCACCACUUAUCCUCAACUGCCGGGCCUUUGUGGAGGAGAUGUUUGAGGCUGUGCGCAUAGAUGACCCCGAUGAGCGGGGAGAGAGGAUCCAGGACAGGCAAGGAGGCAUCUACAUUAUUAGCCCAGAGGUGGGCCGUAGUGAGUCUCCAGGAGGAGACUCAGAUGAUGGGUCCCUGAGUGAGACAGGCCAGGAAAUUGCAGUUCAGGUCUCAGUCCACCUCCAGUCUGAGACUAAGAGCCUUGAGACAGACUCCCAGAACAGUGGUCACUUCAGCCCUCCUGAUGACACAGCAUCAGUGGAGCCAGGCUUCCUCUGCAGGGAUGACCGCUAUGCCACCUGCCCACUCUGAGCUCUCUUGGGACCUCAAAGGCAGCUCACCAGCAGCAGCCUGGCUUUGUGCAGGAAGUAACAGCUUUUACCACCAUGUUUGUCUUUGCCUCUGACUUCUCUAAAGCACUUCCUUCUGUCAGAGGAUGAAUAUUGCCAAAAUAGGUUGCAUCCGAAUCAACCUUCUUCUUUGACGUUCCCAGUCAGUUUCUUCCAGCUGGCCUGGGUGAUUGGACUGAGAUUUGAAGGUCUCCUGGAGAAAAGACCCUUACAAGGGUUCAUAGUCACCUUCCUAUCCCUGUUCCUCUGAGGGAAGUGCUGUCACUUUGUCUUGGAGCUCAGUUUCCCACUAAUGGGUGAUUUCCUACUUGUGCUCCACUCUAAGCCCUUUCCUGGGCUUUUUAUCUCUCCCUCUUUGUGGGGAGGUACUAGUCAAGAUUUCUGUAUGAUUUGAUUCCAGCUGGGCCACAUAGAUGGAAAUUUCCAGGCAUUUUGCUCUGGACAUACACCUGGCAAUACUAACCUGUCUUUUGCAUGUGGGCCAUGUCUGCUUUUACAGAGAUCAGGGCUUGGUGCUUGUUCUUCAACUACUUUCCAAAUGUUCCUUUUGGGGGUUGCAUCCUCUUUUUGUAAUUUAGCACAGUGUCAUAGAGCUCACCGAGCCAGGGGUGAUAUCCAGCAUAUCUCUUAUCUAGACUCGAGCUAUAAGAAUGAUGU